AUGACAGCGGCUUCGGGGCGGGCCUCGGCCUGCUGAGCCCUCCUACAGCUCCAAUGCUUCUAUCUGCUCAGAAAAGGUUCCUUCUCUGCUAGCUUUGCGUGCCCCUGCUUCUGGGCCGCUGCGGCUGCACGAACGCGGUGCAGGGAGCCAUGGAAGGAGGUGUCGUACGCAUUGGUGACCAGAUCAUACUGGAAGAAGAUUAUGAUGAGACAUAUGUUCCCAGUGAGCAAGAAAUCCGGGAUUUUGCAAAAGACAUCGGCAUUGACCCAGAGGAGGAGCCUGAGCUGAUGUGGCUGGCCAGGGAAGGCAUUGUGGCCCCGUUACCACCCCAGUGGAAACCCUGCCAGGAUGUCACUGGUGAUAUCUACUAUUUCAACUUCAACAACGGCCAGUCCAUGUGGGACCACCCCUGUGAUGACUAUUAUAGAGAACUGGUUGCUCAGGAACGGAGGAAGCUGCUGGCACGUGGCAGCUUGAAAAAGAAAGAAAAGAAGAAGAAAGACAAAAAAGAUAAGAAAGACAAGAAGGAUAAGCAACCAAAGCAACAUGCUGAGAAUCCUGAGCCAGAACCAGAUAGCCAGAUUAGAAAUGAAGGCAGAGGGAGUCCGUCACACAUAAAUGAUUCAUGGAGACAAUUUGCAGGCAUGGGGCCAAACAAACUGCAUCCCGCACUUGUAUCAGCAUUCAACAGGCCAUGCCAAGCCUUAACUGAUGUGAAAACUGUAGAAGGCAGCCCACCUUUCAGCAGCUUUGAUGUAUACAUCCACCAGGGCCAAGAUAUACCUUUGGAAGUACAAGAAAAUGUUCGUUUCAACUCUGUUGGGAAUAUGAAAAGAAAACCAAGUUUAUUGCAAGCCAGAGAAGGAAGAAGGAACCAUGACAUGACUCUCUUUGAUUCCAGUCCCGUGGGUGACUGGAAUUUGCAGGAGAUGGUUGAUGCUUCGUAUGUUCAAGAACAGGUAAGGCUUGACAGCAGAGUAUCUCAGAGUAGAAAUAAGAGAGAAGUUCAGGAUGAGGCUUUGGGUCAAGCUGUCAUUCUUUGCAAGAAUAAUGAGAGCAUCAGCAGACCUGAGAGACAGGAUUCAAAGCAAAUGGAGCUAAUGGAACUAGGAGCAGACAUGAAAGCAGACGAUAUCAGUGGUAUACCAGAGAACCCAUCCACAGUUCCUCAAGAGAUCAUGGGUGUGCAACCCUGCUUGCAAGGAAUAGAGGCAAAGGGGGAAAUUAAUGUGUACCAUCAUAUGUCAAAACGUGUUUCUCCAUCUGUCAAAGAUGGCUGUGGAGAAGGUGAAGAAAGAGGUGAUUCGAUGUCAGAUUGGGACAGCAGUGAUUGGGACAGUUCUCGUAGUGUUGAUACACCCCAGAUACUGGGAGUGAGCCAUCAGUUCUCCUCUCCACACUGUGAGUCUGGAAGCCCAAAGGACCUGUACUUUUUCACAGAAAAGCCUAUGCUGCCUUAUGCCUUCCUGAAAUCACCCAUGUCUCAGAUACACAGUCCUGCCCAAAAAUCAGAGAGGGAACGUAGCUCCAAGAAUAUGAAACUGUUCCAUAUGCUGCAGGAAUAUAAAGAAAGUGCCAGCUUAGAAUCUGAAUGUGUUAUGUUUGUGGUGGAUUCCUGUGAGAAACUCACUGUCCAGGAUUCUGAUGGUGCUACUGAAGGACAGAAAGAAAUGAAGAAAGGAAAUGGAAGGACAGAUCAGGAUCCUAGAGUGUGGGAGGAUGGAGGCACAAAAGACUCAUGUGUUCCUCCUGAGUGUCUCUAUCAGAUGGCUGACGGCCAAGGAAGCAACAGUCUCUGUCAGCACACAGAAGUGAGGGUGACCCAGACCGGAAAAACUGCUGAGAAUUACAGCAAAAUAGAGGUUGGUGAAGGAACAGGUGAAAAUAAGCCUUCAGGCACCCUGCUAGCACCUGUGCAGGUGCCCCUGGGGAAUCUUGCUCCUCUGCGUGGCCCUGUGGCUUCUCCAGCUGGCAUCCUGCGUGGCUCACUGCACUCGGACAUGGGGAGCUCUGUGGACUCUGGUGUUGCAGACAGAGGAGAAGCUCAGAGUCUCCAUAGGACAACAAGACUCUUCAAAAACCUGCACAUGGAUGUCAGUGCCCUGGGAUGCAGCUUUGAAUCUGAGCUUUCCAAAGUAUCUGAGAGCAGUGAAUGCAUGGAGGACUUGCAGGCUUCUAAACGCCUAGACCAGGAGCUGAUCCAGCAUGUGGACUUGGCUUUCCAGAGCCAAUUUUGUGAGCGGGUGUUGGAUGUAGAUGCUCUGUCUCCUGCUUUAGACAAGUCCCCAUGCAAGGCCCAGGAGCUGGGAGAAGAGGAAAAAGACCAAAGCAAAGCCAGUAUAGAUGAAGAGCAAAGCAAAAGAACAAAAGCUGCUGCGAGUGAGAGGGAUCAAAGUGGUUGUGAAGCAUCAGAACAGAAGUGUGUUUCUUUAGAAAAUGCCAGUCAAGAAGAGGCUGUGGCCCUGCAGCUGGAGGAGGAAUUGCCGGAUAGCCUAAUCCAUCUGGAAGAACUUGCAGCCCUGCAAAAAGCGCAACCUGAGAAAGAAAUAAAACAAGAGCAGUCCUUGACCCAGUCUAGUGAACAGUCCCUGGAGGGAGUAGCCAAGGAGCUGGAGAAGGAGGUCGAACAAGACAAAACGCACUUAUUGCAAGCAAAGAAGGAGAAAAUCCAGCAAUUCCAAGAGGAAAUGAGGCUACAGGAGGAGGAAGAAACUCAGAAGCUUUAUGAGCAAAAAGAAAUAUCCCUCAGGACACUGAAAGAGAAUUUGGCAAAGGUUUGCGAGGAGGAAGAAUUACGUGUGAGAAAGGAGGAAACUGAAAGACUCUCAAAGCUGCGAGCCACCAUCACCUCUGAGACUGAGGCAGAGAAGGAGAAGAUAAGGUCAGAGCAAGAGCUGGCACUGCAAAAACUAAGAGAAGAGUGGGAGUCCCUGCAGGUAAUGGAGAAGGAGAACAUGGAGAGGAAGAAGCAGCUUGCUUUGGAGAAGAUGAAGCUGGAAAUGAAGGAAGCUCAACAGAAAGAAACAAUCAGGCUAGAAAAAGAGAAGGAACAAUUCCUAAGGGAGCUUAAGGAGAGAUUAGAAAUAGAAAAGAAAAAGGCUGCAGAGGAGCUAGAGAAACAGUUUGCAACUGAACUCCAGCAGCUGAAAUCUGCAGCAGAAGAGAAGCAUCGAAAGGUCACUUCUAGCCUGCAAACCCAGAUAGCGGAGGCACAGCGGAGUGAGGAGGCUUGGCUGCGUGAAGACUUACAGAGAGCAGAGGAGAAAGUGCAGCAGAAAGCAUACCAAGUAGCAGAAUAUGAACGUGAGCUCAGUGAGCUUAUGAGUGAGAAACGCCAUGAAGUGGAAAAAGACCAUGAGAGGAAAAUGGAGAGGAUGAAGGAGGAGCACCAGGAGGUCCUAGCAAGGAUUCGGGAUCAGUAUGAAGAGGAGGAAAGAAAGCAAAGAGCAGAGCUGUUUGAAGGCCUACGAGGUGAGAUGGCACGCCUCCGACAGCUUCAUGAAGUGGAGGUGAAAACUCUGCAGGCAGAGCUGGAUGAACGUCUGACCGCAUUGCAGCACAGGCAUGGGGAGAAGGAAAGGAGACUCCAGGAUUCAGAAAAUGAGCUUGAAAUACGUGCAAAGAACAUUAAAGCAAGAUCAGUGCAACUUCUUAGCCAGGAGGAGUCUCUGAGAAGGAAAAAGCAGCAGCUGCUAGAUGAAGACAAACGGACUGAGCGAGAAAGAGAUGAAGCUGCUUUAGCUUCUCAACUCCGUCUAGAGGAGAAUAGGAAGGAGCACACCAACCUUCUUGAGUCCAUCUGGCAACUGCGUAAGACUCUUGAGGAGCUCCAGGAUCAGAAAGCUGAGCUGGAGGCCCAGGUGGACUUGUUGCAGACUCGAAGCCAGAGGCUGCAGAAACGUAUCAGUGAGCUUGAGGCAGCUGUCAGGAGCAAGCAGGAGAUUUUGAAAGAAUUGGAGGCAGAAGAAAGUGCGGAGUCUCCCAGAAGGAAAGCUGAGCUCCAUGUUGAAGACCUGAGAGAAACUAUUCAUGCUCAUUCAUCCAGAGAGCCUGCUUCCCCACCUUCUCAAAGCCAUGAAGACAGCAACUUCCAAUUUGAUCAAGUCAGGAGUUACAUCUCUGCUGAAGGAAUCUCCAUUAGAAAAGCCAAAGAAUUCCUGGUGCGUCAGACCCACUCCAUGAGGAAAAGACACACAGCACUGAAAGCUGCAAAGCAGCAGUGGCACCAAGAUGUGCAGAAAGCACAGGAGGUGGUGCAAGAUCCUGACAACUCCCAGCUCCUGGAGGGAAUGCGCAAGAACCUGGAAGAGGAAGCCAAGCAGCUGGACAAGAUGAAGUCGGCUAUGCGGAAAGGACAGGUGCUGCUGAAGAAGAAGGAAGAGAAGCUAAGCCAGCUGGAGUCCUCCCUGUUGGAGGAGCUUUCAGAUGAAGAUACACUGAAGAGUGUUGCAUGCAAGAAGAUGGUGACUUUUGAUCUCAGCAGCUCUGAGGACACAAAUAGUAUAUCCAGUGCAAACAUACAUCUGCCAAAGUCUGACCUGAGAACAGAGGUACAGAUUGCCCUACAGCAGGACAAGAUCCAGUACUUGACAAACUCUGUGCAGCACAUCACCAAUGAACUGAAUGGGGUCCUUGGCGUUCUGAGUUCUCUGAACACCCUCCAGCCCCCACUCUUCACUUCAACACAGGUGCCCCUGCAGGUUCCCUGUGACAGCAUUCCUCUUUCUACGUAUUCCACCUUGGCAGGAUUGCAGGCAGGUGCCUCCUCGAGGUCCUCUGCUGGGAUGUCUGUGCCCGACCAGUGGGCCUGGGGCACUGGGCUGAGCUCCAGCCGCUCCUUCGUGGCUGAGCAGUCAGUGGACCGUUUUCUGGCAGAGAAGUGGCACAAGUACUUUCCAGGUGGGUUCCCAUCAUCCAGUGGAAGUUCUGGUCCUUCAGACAACAAGCUGGGAUAUGUACCUGCAGGUGAGCAGAUGCGCGUGUUCCAGAGCCGUGAGUCAGACAAGAUGAGUAUUCAAGGAAUGAUUGAGACCAACAAGAAAUGGCUAGAAGACUUCAAGAGUGAUUCAAGGGUACCUCUUUUCCCAGGUACAGAGAAGCCCCCUGCCAGCAGCUCCAGCCUACUUCAGCUAGGGCUGGAUGAAAACAGACAAAUUAAAGUGUACCGUUACUGAAAGGUGGGACUGGAUGUUUUCAGCCCUCGACUCUGGGCACAGGACCUGGAGAGAUGAUAGCUGGGGGCUGUGCAGUCUCCCUAAUGAUGCGGUGGGUUUUGGUGAUACCCAGCCAUCUCUGUCUUUGUGCUGUGCCCUUGAAAUAAAGUCUCUUUACAAGACAGUGGAGGGAGGAGGAAGUGAACUUCCCAGGUGGAUUCUUCUAAUCCUGUAAUGUGUCCAAAUAUACUUUAUAGACUGUUUAAUCCAGUGGUGAAAUAUCAGGGCUUCAAUAAAUCAACAGUUCUCUCAUUAGUAUUCUAGAAACUGUGAGACAUAGCUGUGAAUCAUGGAGAACUUUGAGUAACUGGUCAAGGGGGAGGACAUGAAUCUAGCUGAGACUUUGCUAGAGGAAAUGUAUCAGGAAAUGAGCCCACACUGAUGCCCAACAAAUGCUUAAUUACAGAUGAACCAAGUCAUCUGGCUUCUGUGGCGAGUGCAUGAGCAGGGGAGAACGGGCAGUACAGUGGCUAUAGAAUUGGGAAACAGCAGAUUUUGACUCUGGGAAAUGUUCCUCUCUUCUGGUGUGGAAACAAUAGGAACAAAACCAAGGGUGGUUUUCAUGGCAGAUAUUGUAGGAAAGAGUUCCCUGCGUCCUCCUCUUUCUGCCAGGCUGGCCAGAACUGCGCAACAUAACUGUGCUAUGGGAGCUCAGCUCAUGUAUUACAAAUGUGCUGAUGGCAACACGGAGCAGGGAUGGCAGGAGAGCACAGAGCAGUGUCUGCUGGUGCAGGCAGUGCUGGGGAACUCAGCCUAGUGUGACUGCGAGGAGACAAAGCCCCAUCUGCAUCCUUCCCUGCCCUGGGGAGUGGGAUCUGGAGCUCAGCAGCUGGGGCUCUUCCUGCACAGCAGGGCUGCGUGGCAGACCUGAGUGCUGGGGGCUGGCCUUGAUGCUUGGAGCAGCUCUCCCAAGACCUUGAAACAAGGCUGGGAGCAGGGCUGAGGGGUUGACACACGUUGUGCUCCAAUGUGAGCUCACACCUCAGCAGGUGGCUGUGGUUGUGGUGCUUUGGAUGGGCUGCAUUCAGAGCACAGCAACGUCCUGCUGGCAUGCAGAGGUAGGAGGGGGCUGCUGGAGCCAGAGGGCUGGGAGAAGUCAGGCCGUGCUUUCAUACUGCUAAGUGGGGAAAGUGGUAUUUGGUUGUUUUAUCAGUCAUUCCUCCGAGCUGACUUUAAAUAUUUAAUGCUUUAAAAAAAUGCUGUACCAUUUGCUAUUUUGUCUGAUGAGAAGUCUGCGUUUCAAGGGAUCCCAUCUGUGAGAAAUCAGCUUCAAAGUCGCUUUCUCUGGAGACAGCCGAUGCGGGGAGGAUGGCGAAGUUGCUGCUCUUCACCCUUCAGUGCUGUUUGUGCUUCUCAGUGUGGCUAAUGAUGUGCAGCAGAGUAAAGCACAGCUCCCCCUCCUGCUCUGCUUCCUGGCAGUUGUGCACUGGCACAACGUUGCAGCGAUUUGUGCUGGCAGGGUGGCAGGGGAAUGUUUACAUGCAAAUAGAAAUAUAUUUUUGAUGAACAUUUUAAAACUCUCAGGAAGAAUGUCCGUAUUUGCAUUUAUUUUUAUUCUUUUGGGGCUGAACUCCUUAAUAUUUUCUAAAUUCCUCAGCCAGCCUUUGUCGUGGGAUCUUCUGCAGUGGGUAGCAUCACACUCCCAGCUGGGCUGAGCUGGGAGACCUCAUGUGACCACAGGGAAUGGCAGCUGUGUGGGGCAAUCCCUUCUCCAUAGGAAGGGAUGGAUGGAAAUGCAGAUUUCCUGUCUGCUGUCAGAUUAUGCCAAUCCCUGUCUGUAGGGAUUUUGCUUUUGGUUUCCCAGCUAUUGGUGGAACACGUGGCAGAAUCUCUGGUUAUAUUUUGGACUUCUGGCUCCCUGAAGGUGGGGGGAGGCUGUCAGCAUGGUGGAUGCUGUACCCAAAGCCGUGCAGCUGAGCUCAGUCUGCAUUCUGAAAAGCAUAUAUUGGUAGUGUGGGGGAAGCGCCUGCUUUCUUAGCAAUAAUACAUUUUGAAACAUGUUUCUUCUUCCUGUUGAAACUUGUGAUGGCUGUAUCUGGUUUUGUAAGCAAAUUAAAUCAACACGAGUCUGUUUUGUAUGAGGUGACGUUUGCGGCUUUAUUUUUCCUUGCUGAGCCAUCCAGUUGUAGCCUCGGAUAGCCAGCUCGUACUUACCUUUCACAUCUUCCCCUCGCUUUUCUCCAGGCUGCUUCAUGUUUUGUCUUGUCAAGGUCAUCUCUGGCAAUUUUUAAGACCACUUCAGCUCGCUGUAGCUUUAUUACCAUUAUUCUAUUAAGUAUCUGGCCACGGUAGCAAACGCAGGAGCAGAUAGAAAGCUGAAAAACAAAACUACAAAAGCAAUUCUUCACGGGGCUCUCAGCCAGCAGGACAGCUUUUCAUGAGCUUGUAUCCUGCCCUUUUCAUAAAACUGUCAUCCAGACUCAUUACAAUGGUUGUCUCCCUUCUGAGCUUCGUGUCAAGGCUGUGAGCCGGGCUGUGUGCCUGCAGAGCAAGGCCAGCCCUGCGGGAGGUGCAGGAGGGGUCUGGGUGCUCUCCUGGCUGCUUUGUCCCUGCCCUUGUAUCCUGGGAUGUGUCACCCUGCUGGGGAACAGGGCCUGGCUCUGGGGCUGCUCUUGGAUCACAUAAAUUGGGUUAAAAGUGGUUAACUUGCAGCUGCUGUUUGAAGUCCUGUGCUGCUGUGUCGCUGGGUAAUGUACCACCAAGGAGGGUUGGAUCUGUGCUGUCCUCUGCCCAUGGUUUGGUCCUUUCCCCUUCCCACCACCUGCCAGCAGCCGUGGGACUCCACAAUCCCUCUGCACGUUUGCUCCUUUGGGACUUUUUAUUUCAAGGUGAUCUGAUUAAAAACUCAGCUUGUCUUAUCUCUAACACUGGAGUGAAGGCUCCAGUGCUGGGGGACUGCAGAUGUGUAACGGAGGCAAUGACAGAAGUGAUGGGGAGAGGGAGUUCAGCACCUGUCCUUGUUUUUCCACCUCUGACUUGAGCGCAGCUGGAAAUCCCAGGUUCAGAUGGAUGGGGAUGGGAGGGCUCUGGCAACUGUAAUAUGAUUUGAGCUCCUGGUAUGGCAGCAGCAAGAUACAAAGACAAAUGUGGUCUUGGGAUGCGCGAGGCACGCAGACACACGGAGGGGCUGCGCUGCUGCUGUGCACAGCUGUGCUCUGCAUGCAGGGGGCUGGAAGGAAGGCAGGCAGUUGCUGCUGUACGUGCUGGGUGGCGAGGGGAGCUGCUGAAGCUGAAGGACAGAUGAGGUGCAGGAAUAAUCUGCUGGCCGUGUAGAAAUGGUGGGUGAUAGCUAGAUACACGUCCUUAAGAACAAAACACAAACCACCCCCAGACUUUGAAUUACACGUUGUGCUGCUCGGCCAUAGCAAAUGCAAAGGUUGUUUUGGUGGAGCACUGUAAGGGCUGAACCCAAUGCUGAGCCACAGACCUAGCAUGCUGUUGAGCCCAGGUAAUAACUGAAGCAAUCAAGUCUCUUGGUUCCUUACAGCUCUUCUGAAGCAGCUGCUGGGCACAGAGCACAGGAUGGCACUGAGAAACCCAAAUUCACGUCUGAACUCUGCAUGCCUUUUGUGUUUGGGAGGCAGUGGUGUCAUCCUGCUGAGAAGCAGUCCAAAGCAAAGCCAUGGGUCUGGGGUGUGUGAGUGUGCAUAGGUCUGCAUAGGUAUAUAAGGAAGAAGAGGAUUUGCUUUUCCUGGAAUGCUGGUACUGCAUGUGUUGGAGAAAUUCAACGAUUAGAAGAGCAAGAGGACAGUGCAUGAUUACGGUGCCAGGAUGAACACAAGCUGUAAGCUCAUUAAGGAGCUUGGAGUCGGCCUGCUGGAGGAGGGGACGCCUCAGUCACUGCUGCUCAGAGACCACAGUGCAUCACUACCAGAGCUUUGGCUCCUCAGGACAGUGGGAGACCCUUGGAGACUGUAGCCAUGCUGGGGACCCUGAUGACAGCACUGUUUUUUGUGGUGAGAGCAUUUGGACAGGUGAGUUGGAGCUGGCAGCAGGUAGGAUUUAAUGCUUUCUGUCUUAUUUCUAGAACUGUGGGUGUUGUUAUCUUGUCAACUCUAAGCUAGUUUGAGCACGUUUGAAUUUCUGUGGCUGUAGCAAAGUAGAUUUAUCAGCUGCUUUGCAAAGAACUGCAAAGUGCGGGUACCUAGGCUUUCCAGUCUGGUGCACUGGUGCUGCAAAUGGGGAGUGAAUCUUGGAGCUCUUUGGGCUGGGGAGGCAGGAAAACCACCCCGUUUGCUGCUGGGGGCACCUGACCCUACAGCAAUACCUUGGAGCUGGGGGAAGAGGAUGAGGGUUCCAUGCUUGUCUGGGGGGACACAUCCUAAAGCCCCCUGAGCAGGAGGGUCACCUGAACUUAACACAGUGCCACAUGGCAUCAGCUUUAUCCAUGACAUCUGUGUUUGCUUUCACGACUUGCUUAGCUUUAGUUCUUGUCAUUUAAGAACUCAGCAGCACAAUCUGCUUCCUUUGUAUCUUUCCUUCCUGACCUGCUGCUUGUGACCCUGUAGUCAUCUCUGAUGGCAAGCAUGAUGUCAAGUGGGAGGAGGAAAAGGCAGCAAGCAUUCUCGUGGGCUGUGAGUCUCACUGGCUGUGCACUGUGGGACCAGGACCUGUGAGAGCACCCAGUGAGAACUGCCCAUCAACGUGGUGCCAGGAUGACAAGCUGAGCAUCACCACUGUUAGCAAGGGUGUGAUCAGUGGUGAUGUGCAUGCAGGAGCAGCUCUUCCUGUUGCUCAUCCACUUCUCCCCCAUUCUCUCACCUGCUGCAAAUCCUCUCUCCAUCCAGAUCGGGACCAGCCUGUUCCAAGAAGAGCCCCUGCCAUACCUUGUGUACCAGCCCCUGCCCUGGCAGAUCCAGUGUGUGACACAGAGCCGCCGCACCAGCCGGGACAGUGAUAGAGGCAGGAGCUCACGUCACAACAGCAUCUACUCAAUUUCUGGAGAUAAAGGCAACGUGACCCCCGAUGCCAGCAGUGAGGGCAAAUUCUUCAGUGAUCCCUCUGAGAAGGCAGCUCUCACCAUCCAGACCCACUUCAGGAGAUACCAGCAGCAGAAGCAGGGGAAGAAGUAGCUGCCUUGGCCGUCGUGCCCUGCACCGUCCCUCCUUUUGUGUGUUAUGUUCCCCAGCGAGAUUUGUGGCCGUGGUGACCCUGUUACCUAGCUCUUGGUGUGUGUAGAUUGUCUGCUGGUCGCUGAGAUCUUUUUCUUGGUGGCUCCUUCCCCGGACAGCGUUGCCUUGAAGACCGAGGUGCGACCACAGGGCUCCUGGUGGGAGCCUGACAUCCAUGUGGCAGAGCUGGCAUUUGCCAGCCUUGGUGGAAGCACAGUGCUGGGAGCUGCAAGACUGGGAUGGGGGGAACAGGGCACAAACAGCUAAGAGCAAUUUGCAGCAGUUAAGCAUCCAGAUGGGGCUCUUUCUCAUCAGCUUCAGCCCUCCUCCGUGCCUCUGUUUUGGGCUGGAGCUGAGGCAGGGCAGUCACCUCUCCUUCCCUUCCUCUUGGACCUGAACAGGGAUGUCCCCCAGGCUGUGUGCUUCAGGCACUGAGGGAGCAGGAGGUGUGCUGCGUGCUGUGACCUGGUUUCUUCUUUUCUUGGGGAGUAUUGGGGGUCCUGGCUUCAGAGUGGGGCUGGGGAUGAGAUUGUGUUGGGGCUGCUCCUUUCCCAGGCAGCCCCCUACCACCUCAGGCUUUGGCUUAGUUGUCAGCCUGUUGUCUUGCCCUCUCUUUUGUUCCAGAGUUUUGCAGACCACAACACCUGUUCCACAUCUGGCAGGGACAGGACCUGAGGUACUCCUGAUUUACAGCAUCCAUUUUUGAGUGCUGGCUUUAGGAUGUUGCAGAGUUGUUGAGAAAGAGGAGAAAAUGAAAGCAGAGGUAGGAGGUGCCGGACUGGGAAACCAGGAAGUGUUUGAGAAGCAGGUGAAGAGAUCCAGGAGCUAUAGCACAAAUGGAAGGGCCAGGAGGUAGAGGAGAUGCUGACUGUGAGCAGUGAUGCUCUGACCACUGGAACGUGUUCUCAGCCGCCUUUUUGCUGGGUCUGAUGCCAGAAUUUCUGUACAGAGCUGCUGAUGUUGUGUCCUUCACCCCCUGCCUCGUUGCUGUGCAAGGCAGUGAGCUCUGGGGCAUCCUGGGGAGGGUCUGCAGCUGUGGCAAAGUGGAGAGGGGUCACAGGGAGUGGAGGGAGUGCUGGAGUGGCAUGCUUGCCAAGCACCAGGAAUUUGGCCUCUGUUAAUGAAUGCAAAGCUACAGUCUGAAACUGCUGGGGAAGGUGAGGUGGAGAAUUCUUGCUAAGAUGUAGAAGGAAAUCUGUGCUAGCCGAUUAUAAUAAAGACUUUGUAAUCUGUUGUUCUUUUUAUCUUGCUAAUCCACUUACUCUCACAGCUGAGAACACACUUGCCUUUUCUUGCCUCUUCUAUUUCAAGUCUGGGAUUGACGUCUCAGAGCUGCUGCAUGGUUGCCUUGCUGUGACACAGCUCUGGGAUGGGCUCUUGGCUCCAUGCAAACUCUGCACAGGGUUUGAUGUCUAAAAUACACUUGAACAGUUUUUGCACUCUUAGAAACAUAUAGAAAAAGGCUGAUUUGCUUUUCCUUGCUUUCCACUGACUUUGGGGAGAGUCAGAGGGGACAGGAAUGGUUUGAUUUUACGAAAGCUGCAAGGCAGACCUGAUGUGGGGGUGGGCUGAUGAGGGCAGAGCUGCAGCCUCUGUGUUGUGCAUCCAUGGGAGCAGCUGUCCCUAGUCACUGCGUGUCUACCAGCCUCACUGGCUCUGUCACAUUGUCCCUUCUUGUCUCCUUACCUUAUAGCAAGCCACAUACACUAUUUCAGGAGCUGCAUAACGUGACCUUCAGCAUUAAGUUGCCAUGAAAUCCAUGUCUUCCUUGCAUGCAAGUUGGAAAACUUGGCAUAUUGUCUCCAGCCACCUGUUAAAACUGAAGGAGAAAAGCGGUGUAGAAGUAAAUGCCAUUCACAACAGCUCUUGGGAUUUGUGCUUUAAGGAGGGGCAUUCCUGUCCGCCCCCAGUGCUCCUUGGCACAGGGCGGCUCUGACAGUCACCAAAGCUGAUGAAAAUAGAAGAAAUUGUCAUUGCAGCUCAUUUUCUGGGUCUCCCCUCCAUAAAACCCGCUGCUGCCAAGGCAGCUUCCAGCUUCACUGGGUUUAAAGCGUUGUAGGACUCCAACAAGCAGAUGGCAAAGGGGGAUGUGCUGAGCAGCAGCAGCAAGCAGAGGUAAUAAGGGGUGAAUGAGAGCCCAAUGCCAACAGCAUUGGCAUCAACUGUGCCCGCUGCUGCCCUCCCCAUCCUGGCCCACGCUCAGCCACCGCAGAACACCCAGCUAUAAACAUAACCUUUAUUGCACACAGCGCUGGUUUUUUUUUCAUAGAAAAAGGUAUUAACACAUAAGCAUUUGCAAAUUGAAGCAACUCCUGUUGUUUUCAGAACAGUAAAAUAGCAUGCAAUGUCUUGGAGACGUUCCUUUGUCAAAACCACCGACGAGAUCAGGGGGGGAAAACAAAACAAAAGAAAAGAAGUCGCCGAGUCUUU